AGCGUUCCUCCUCAAAGCGUUCACGGUCAGAUCAGCUCCACCUCCCGCCGCUAACACACGUGUGGACGAGAAAGAAACCUCAGCAAAGGGAGCGCACAACAAGGAGAGCAAUGCUGCGCUCCUGCGCCGGCCACGGCGCCAGGACGGUCGCCUCUCCGCUCAGGGCCACUCCGCCGCACCGCGGCAGGCGCCCGCACCUCCUCGGCCCGCGCAGCAGCGCAAAGAAGUCCCCCGAGGAAGCAGAGCGAGGCGGGGGCAACGCCAAGAACGGCCUCGCCGGCGCGCUCCCCAGCAAGACCGUGCUCCUGCGCGCCGGCGCGGUUCUCUUCGCCCUCGGCUUCGUCGACGCCGGGUACAGCGGCGACUGGUCCCGCAUCGGCGCCAUCUCCAAGGACGCCGAGGAGCUGCUCAAGCUCGGGGCCUACGCCGUCGUGCCUCUCUGCCUGGCCCUCGCACUCCGGGCGCCCGGAGACGGCGGCGAUGAAUCUUAGGAAGCGCGAGAGAGAGCUGCAUGCCAUGUAGUACUUGCUUAUUCAUGUAGUACGCGUCAGUACCUUCCUGUACUGCAUCCGAGUGAGCGGUAGACGACGCUUUUGAGAUAAGUACGAGAGCGUGUUCAACCAUGGUUCUGUAUUCUGUUGAGCAGUCAGCUGUAAACUGCUGAGUGCUGACAGAGUUUUAGAGGAGCGGGGAGGUUUAGGAACUUCAGCAGUGUUUCUUGUUGCCUGCCUAGCGUCUAAUUUUGGCAAAUUGAACUGCAUAUUCCUUCCUUA